AGUCGACCAGCAGAUCUCAGAACGUCCACUACUCCUUUGUGUUUUCUUCCCCUCGUGCUCCUUUACCGAUUAGUACAUCCACUUCAUAUCUUCAUAGUGCUUCUACUUCUCCGAUAGAGUAAUUCAACUGAAACGAAAUACAACUUUUGAAAACCUCAAUUUACCUGAGUAAGAAGAUCCACAUUACUUGAAUUCGUAGCCGCAAAGAGAGUCUCUUGAUACCGUUACGCUGAUAAUGCAUUAAAACUUCAAUACGGUCAUCAGCAGAUUAAUAUGGCUUUAAAAGGACAAACUCUAUUCAUCACGUGCUGUCUACUUUUGACAGUGAAACUGAUCAACAGUUCGGAAGGACCUGUAUUUAUUAAUCCAAUUAACGAAAAUUCUGGCGCAGUCGUAAGCCAAACGGCAUCAGGUAACGAGGGAAAUUACGUUACACAAACUGUCUAUGGCUUUCUGGAUUUCACCACGACAAUUGGUAACACAGUCAUGGUUUUCUCACCACAGAGUGAUUCGGUUGUUCCACCAGAAGUGAAGUCUGCAUUUAAUGAAAUAACAGCCAACAACGUUAUUGAAACAAAGCCAGUUGUCACCAAAAACAAACCCGAAAUUAAACCAACUAAAACGGAAUCAAACAAAAAUAAAGAAACUUCGGUGAAAGUUGUCUCGGUGGUACAAGUGAAAUCCGAUCCCCCAGCAUCUGUGUCAUCCAAAAUCGAAAUUAAAUCUUCAGCAGUAGUUAAAUCAGUAGGCAAACCAAAACCUACAGAACAAGUAUCAAAACCAGUUAUUGUUAGUAGCAAAGUACAAAUCGUAGACGGUGCAGCGUCCACCAAACUAUCUGAAACUAAGAACAUUAUAACUAAAGUUGAAAAUGCUAGCGGAUCGACUAAGUUAGCACAACCGAUAAUUUCCAGCAAAAUAGAAUCUCGUAAAGAGCCGAUAUCCAGUGCCGUAUCGAGUAUCGUUCAAGUUAAAUCGGAUACAGAACCUGCAUUAGUGAUUGGAAAUAACAUAGGAGAGCCCGAAUAUGACUUCUUGUCUAGGCAACCUUCGGAAGUAGUAGAAGAAACCUUCAAAGUGAUAAAUCUCAAGCCAAGUUCGAAGUUUUUAUUGAAGCACAGACCCGCAACUGAUGUUAAGAAAAACGGAGCGACGAAAAGAGUAGAUCAUCCAACAGGUUUGGUGACAACAUUGGGAGGAACUGUCGUAAAAGACGGUACUACGACAGUGAUUGAAACUAGUGUUAUUGGAACAUAUAUUUCAGGAAAAUAUGCUCAAGUACUGCAAAGCACCUCAAGAAAAAUCAACCCGACACAAAGUCUUCGAAUAUUGAAAACUGCUGCACCUUCGUUAGGACAUGGGAACAAGCAGAGACAAAUUGAUCCCACUCCAGCUGCUAGCUAUAAUGAAGCGACAUCUGCUCUACCGGUUGAAAAUUCUAUAAAGACCUCUAGGAAGUCUCCAAGUGGCGGAAGUGCUUACAAAAGAUUCAAAAAUAGACACAAGGAAUCCAUCGCCGUUUCUGAAGACGAGAACGAACGACCGGAUAUCAUCACUCCACAGCCCAAUUACAAGAAAUCUCAGAAAAAUCGGAGUCAAUCACAAAACGUCAGGAACUCCAAACACCACACAACCACAAACAGUCAAGUACCAAAAAAUAGAAGAAAUAGAAAUCGAAAAGCAACUACUACAUCCAAACCGUCUCUAAAUAGCGAAGAUCUACCGACCACCGCAUCAGGCAAAAAAUUUUCGUCCAAUCGAAGAACGAAGACUAGCAGAGUUGCUAGUAGUAGUGAAGCUACGACGGCCAGUAACAGCGGUUUCACCAGACGCACUUACAAGCCGAAAGUGCAAGCAUCUAGUGUGGAUAAUGGAGGAAGCGGAUCGUCCAGUCUGUACAAGUUUAAACUUAACAGAUCACCAGGCAGAUGGCAGUACAAAACCACUUCGAAGCCCCGGGUAACUAUCCGAAAACAAAACACCGACGAAACGGCAAACAAUAACGAAACUCCCGGGAUAUCUUCUCCUAUCCCGCCGUCAUCAGGACAGGAAGUUUCCCGCUCUCAAAUCAACGAUGUUGUCACUCCCCAAGCCCGAUCCGACGAUGUAGAUAGCCUCGAAGAAUCUGAAUCAAUUGCUUCAAUAAUUGAUGACGAAAGCGCUACAGCGAAUAAACUUGACGCCAUUUCUCCGGCUUUUCCAGUGGAAACUAUUAAAGUCGAAAUUUCCACCCCUUCAGAUUUUGGAGAUAUCUACUACGAAAUAGCGACUAUCAAAACACCAUAUACUUUCCAGGUGGGUAACGUAAAAAAUACCAGAUACGUAACCGUCACCUCGACAUUCGAAAAGAGCUUCGAACGUUCAAUCGACCCAACCCCAAAAGCAGCCGAACCCCUAACGGAAAACAUCCUAGCGACAUCGAGCAAUUACGCCAAAGACAACAAUUUCUUGGAUUCGAGCAUAGCGACAUUACCGCCUCUAUAUCUUGCAUCCGAUAUGGAAACCCCGCCUCUAGAAACGCUUACGGAAACCUUCAGCACGACACAGACGAUGUUAAAAACACACAUUUUGCCGGUUGUUCGGCAUGGGAAUGACACCAGUAGCUCGACACUAGUGCAGACCUAUUUUGUAACGAGAUUGAUUACAGCCACGAAAACUUUACCACCAAUGGAAGCUUACCAUUUCAUUCCCAGCAAGGUGUUAAACGAAUUCAAUAGUCAUCUUGAUGAAGCAGGUUCAGAGCUUCACCUGGAACUCGAAUUUGGUGAUCAAAAUGAUCAAGAUGAAGGGUUAGUCAGAAAAGUAUCAUUGCCUGCAGACUUAGAUCUAGCAAAUAUAGGAUCUAACUUCGAUUUGUCCGAUGUUGACAAAUCUAGAAUAUUGGAAGCACAUGUUAGACCUAAAAAGGCGCAAUCUCCUAUAAAACCUCCGAUAAAUGAAUUACCUAAUCAACAAACGCCAGUAAGUCCGGAUCAACUACAGCAAUUAGCUUUGUACAAAUUCCUGAAUCCACAAGCCGCAGGUGCAGGUCAAGUAAUAACCACAUCAAAACCAGUGCUAAAAGUGGAAACCUUAUACGAAACUUUCAUUUUACCUGUUACUCAAGGCCAUAACACUAUCCAAAGUACUAUUUCUAGAUUGAAAGGAACUAUCACUAAAACAGAUUAUGAGUACGGUACUAGUACUAUUGCUCCAGCGUUCCCACAGAUACCUCAAUUACAACCUCAAAUACCUCAGCUUCCUCAAAUACCUCAGCUCAAUCCUUUCUUACCGCAACCGCAACCUCAGCUGGUCGUAACUUCCUCCCCUAUCGUGCAAAGUACUAUGGUUACUCAAACCAAUAGUAAAGUUUUGAAAUUAACAUUUGGUGCUAAGACAGCUCACACUACCAUCUAUUCUACAACAGUAAUACCAACUGUAACGACUUCUUAUGUAACAGCGUCAAUUCCCGUACCCACCGCUGCGUUUCCCGGAUACUUCCCGGCUCCUUUUCCAGGUUAUCCUUAUGUAGGAUAAAUUAAGGCAGUUAAUUUAAUUCACUAGUCAAAUAAUUGAUGAACAUAAUCAUGUUUUCCAUUAUUCUUUGUUAUGUUUCCGGUUGUUUAUAUUCUUUUCGAAGCCCUGAUAAUCAGUUACCUAAAGAUAUAUACAUUUACUCUAUCAACUUCUCUAAAACUGUUGAUUUCUCUCCAAAUAGUCAUGUAGUUAGUUCCUUCUGCAAAAUCUAUAUUAUUUUCCUUGUAAAACGAAACACAAAUUUCUACGUAAUUGUUGGUAAUCAUUCUGGUUUAGACUCAUAAAUAUCAAAAAACAUAUUUUCGAAGUAAAUUGUAUUCAAUAAAUUAUCGAUUUUGCAUUAUACAUUCGGUUAAAUGGAAUGUGAAACAGAUGAUUUUUAAUGGACGGGUUAUAUAAAUCGAAAGCAUGAACAUAGGAACAGCAACAUUAACUCUUUACAUCAUGAAUUGUACAUAUACAUUUAUCAUUUUCUCGGUGUAUAAUAGACUUGUUUCCAUUUAUAAAUUGAGGUUAUCUCUCAGUUGAAAUAUUUUCCGCGAAUAUUAGAGCACCUUUCACCAAAAAAUCAAGAAACAAACACAUUUGUAAUUUGGUUUCAAUAUAGAAGAUAGUGACCAAAUAUAGAAUACCAUUUUGUUUAUGUGUUAAGAUAUAGAUAUUGUAAAACAAUUUUUUUUAUCCAUAUAUCAGUCUAAAAUUAUUUACAGUCUUGUUAUACUUUAAUUUAAAAUAUAAAAUUUUCACAAAAACAAAAUCAACAUAAAGGUAUACAAACAUGGAAUAGGUACCCCAAUAUGGACUACUGUGAAACUAUACAUAAUAAACCAUAACUUUUAUGGGAUGCUACAGUAAUUAUGGUCAAUUUUAAAAAGUACUAAAAGUUACAUAUCCAGAUAUAGAAUUCUAUACCUGCGCAAUCACCAUAAACCCAAAACCCGCCCUCGAGACAUUUGAUCCAUAUCCCUCCACGAAUAUCUUAAUAAAACAGGCUGUUACAGAAAAUACACUCUGCAUCUUCUGAGUCAGGAGCUUUCUAUCCAAUGGCGACAUCAGGCUCACUCUCUUUAUCAAAGUGUAUUUCUUCUUCAUCAUUUGAAUCAAUAGGACUAUUAUUAGAUAUGUAGAUUUGUAUCCACCCCGAUCGAUGUACAACACCUACGGCGCCUCUCAUUAUCUGUUCGCUAAUAUUUUUUCUGGGAUAAAUGAUGUAAGGAGGCAUAGAAUGGCCAGUAACUUUGAUAGCAAUAACUAUUGUCAUUAAUGGGCCUCUUUGAGCUGAAGUGAAGCUAUUUAUCGUUUUCCUUUCUGAACGGUACCUUGGAGUAUCUUGCUUUGAACUACUGUCAGUCCUGAUUCAUCAACGUUAUAUAUGCUAUUCGGAGUAUAGUUGUCCUUAGAGUAAACAUAUUCAAGAAGAUCAGAAAAGCGUCUAUUUUUUCUUUACAGAAACCAAAUGCUCUUGCAUAAGAUGUGCCAGUGAGUCUUCUCAAUGAAAGUUUCUGCUAAUUACGUUUCAAAGAUAGCCUUAGACACCUUUUCCCAUCCAUUCCGGAGUUGCCGAAAGGAUUUUCCAAAUCAUUGCGUUUGGUACGCCAUUUUGCAAACAUCAUUCUUCGUCAAGCCAUGAAACUUGCUCUACAUCUUUAAAAUAUAUUCUAAUAGAAGAUUUUCUCCCUAAUUUAGUGGCUGUAGCGUCUUCUGAAGAUAGCUGGUUUUUUCUAACACAAUCGAAAUAAAGUGGUGCCUCGAAAUCCAUUUUUUCUCUGUAACUAUUCGUAUAGCUUUUGUCAUGUGAUCUGUGUCCGUUUUCCUUUUGAACUCGGAGACUCCAUUCUAAAAGCAAAAAUUUAAUUUGAAAUUUAUCCUCUAUUUUAUAGAAUAGUCCAUAUUUAGAACCCACGGACAAUCCAUAUUUAGAAAUUUCGAAGUAAUAACAUUCAAUUUUUAUUGUCAACACUAAUAUAACCCAAAAAAAUCAUAUUGUCCACUUCUUCAGUCUUCUUAAAUUUGGCCUGAGUGGUCGUAGGAAAAUAAUUCUUACGUACUCCAAAAUCUUCUCUCACAGUGUCAAAACAAAACACUUUCACCACGGCCACAAGCGUCGCCCGAUUGUAAAGUCAAAACAUGUACGCGUGUAUAAUGAAAGAAAGAAACUAAAGAUCACUAUCUUUAGCAACUAGUAGUAUUUAUUUCCAAGAAAUGGCGGUAUUCCAUGUUAGGGAUACUAUUCCAUAUUUAGUCACUUUCCUCUAAUGGUAGAAUACUACUGACACUUGAAGUAGUACAACCGUUCCACACGUUUAAUGGAAAAUUAAAUUUUGAACGUGAGUGUUUGUUGCUUGUAUUCAACAGUUUAUGUUAAUUUUCGAAGAAUUAACUUUUUUAUAUAUGAAUUUAUAUGUAAACAAUUUCAUACUCUCAGAUUGUUUGUCCCUAGUUAAGUUAGUUAUAUUUUUUAUACAGUUUUUGUUUAUGAACACUUAAAAGAACUGAGAACUCAACUUCAACAAAACGUAUUUGAGUUUUUAAUGUAUAUUGUUUCUUCUAGACUUUGUAUUCAAAACGGUCUUCUUAUAUAAAAAAAAACUGGUAUCGUAGACUUCUAAAAGUCUCUUGUAUCAUUGGAUACAACUCAGUCAUUCUGACGCCUACGGAUUAUGAACAAUAAAUUCACUUGGAAUUGUAUAUGGAUAGCAAUAAUUGCUUUUCCAUGCACGUAUUGAUUUUGAAUAACGAAAAAAUACGCAGGAAAACUUCACUGUAAAGUUACGUUGGUAAUUUGAAGUAAGAUACCGCUUGGGAAGAAGAAAAGGACAAACUUGUGCAAUCACAGUUGAAUUUUCAAGUUAAAUAGACUAUUUGGAGUAGAUAAGUAUUUUGAAAGCGAAUCAGAGAGGAAAAGAAAACGACAUUGAACAUUUACGGACUACAUAUCAUUCAAUAUUAAUAGGAAAUAUACAUAAUGUAUUUUAAAAUUAAGAUAAUCACGUGAAACAACAUUCAUUCGUGCAUACAAAUUGCGAAUAAUAAAAUUUUGAAAUGAACUAUGAGAGAGUUCAAAUAAUAUUUGUUUUGAAACUGCAAAAGAGUAGGACAAAGAAACAUAGUGGAAAUCAAUAAAAUCUAGCAAAGGAAUGAAAACUUCACACCCCAUGGGCUUAACACCUCUUCUAUAAUUUCUAUUUCUAUUUCUAGAGACUUCCCAAUUCCUAAAUUUUAUAAUUAUCGAAAAAUAAUUCAUAUACACAGUAUGGUGCUAAUGAAAAGAACAAAUUCAUUAUUUCGUAAGCCGGUGACUGAGGAAAAAUCCUGGACCCCUUUUUUUAAACAGGCUAUUCGUUAAGUGGGUGUUGUGAUAAAUUAUUUGAAAGUUCUUUUCAAUACCUAUUGAGCCACAUCAAUAUAUCUGAGUAAUUGAUGUUUAUAUUUGUCUAAAAAAUUGAUAAACUUCAAUUUUUAAAAUAAACAACCUAAAUCAAGUGCUCAAAUUAUUAAUCUUCAGCUGUAGUUCAAUACGAAAGACAAGUCGUGAUCCCUUCUCGAACCUUCUCUAUAACUUCCGCACUUAUUCAUGCAACUUCAAUACUUAUCCUUUUCUUUAGCUGCAAUAUUUCUUGGUUUCUUGUGGUCAAACUUAUCAUUAUUAGGCUAAAAUAAUGGCCAUACUUUUUCGAAGAAACCUUAACAGGUUCGCGAUGCUUACAAUUUCCUCAAAACUUCUUGAUCCUCGAAUUGAACCGGUUUUUUCUAUGAAGAAAGAACUUAUGGCUGCAGUGAUAUGAUGCGCCUUCAUAUCAUGUUUUCUAUCACUUUCUAUUACUUGAACAACGUUGUUCCAAAUUAGUAGAUAGAUCGUAAAGGAAGAAUAGAAUAGCCGUCUAGGUCACCUAAUUCCACUCCUCUUGAUUCCUUUUUGAAGGGAUACUUGAGAAGCAGAGUGUACCAAUAUAGACCACAAAAUAUCAUUGAACUCAAAGAAAGGAUACGUUUUGAGCUGAAACAAUUGGAGCACUUAGUUUAGGUUUCGUUGUAAUCAAUGGAUGAAAAAAAUUAUUCUAAUGAGGAAAGUUUAUCACUUUUUAAGACAAAUAUAAACAUCAAUAACAUAUAGAUAUGACUGAAUAGGUAUCAUGAUGCUCACACAGAUGACGUCAAAAUAAAAACAUAUCCCUACAAAUCGCGUGUUUAGAUAUAAAAUCCGACUUGCUCCAAGAUUUUUUCUUAAAAUCGCCGGAUUAGGAAAUAAUUUAUUUAUUCUUUUCACUUGCAUCAUGAAGUAUAUCGUCGUAUACUUUGGCCUUUCAACUCACUAAACAUGAUUAGCAGCGUAGUUUUAAAUGGAGCAAUGGAGAAAUAUAGCACUGAUCAUAUUGGCUGACUUCACUCGUGAAAAUUUGAAUGUGAAGUCAUAGCGCAAGUAUGUGGUGACCACUCAAUUUUGUGAUGUUCACCUAUCCAUUUACUAUACUUAAAAUCAUCCCUUUCUGCUACUUCAUGAGGCAAUGAAGCCUCAUCUUUUUGAAAUUAUAUAUUCACUUCAUUAAAACAGUUACUAACACUUAAAAUUUUGGAAAAUAUCAAAUUCUUCUACAUUUUCGUCAAAAUUUGUUUCCGAAAGUGAUUCUAUUCCAUAUGACUUUUGAUUAUAAUCAAUUUUGAAAAAAGAAUAUUCUAGCAUCAUUUUCUACGAAUACAUCCAAAUUUCUACGAUUUUGUGGAUGAUAUUUGGCAAUAAAUCAAAAUUUUCUUCUUGUUCAAUUUUGAUCUCUCAGUAAAUACUAUAGGCAUUAUUAACACGUUGAGUCCCAACCAAUAUUGAUAAAUUUUCCCAUGGGCCAAAAAAGGUGUUCAUGUUUUCACACUUUAGAGAAAAUGAUGUUCUUUGUGUGCGGUUCAUAGGUUGCCUCUGGGCAGGUAAAGUUUAGCGCUAAAACUUCCUCCAAGGCCCAGAGAGGUGCUAUGGACUGCACACAGAAAAUAUUAUUUUUGUAAAGUGCAUAUCCGAAAUAAAUUAUUUCAAUAUUUUUUUGAGGGACUUGCAAAAUAGAAAGACAAAAUUUUGUUUGCUUUUUAUCCUUUGAACGAUAAUUCACACCUUUAUGUGAAGUGUACAAAAAUGUACGAUAUGUUUUGAAAAAUAUUAUAUCAAUAUCAAUGAGAUCAAUGAGAAUUUUAAUCGAAUAUUAUUUGAAUUACAGAAAACAAAAAAAAAUAUGAAAGGUGAGGUUUUCUAUUUGACAAUGUGAAAAACAUUUAAAUACGGUCCCUUGGGCCGUGGAGUAGGUUGGAAUAGCACCGCUCUGGGCUGUGGGGAGAGAUCAGUUGCGGGCUAUGAACCGUACCGGGGCUCAACGUGUUAAAUACUUUUGUUAAGGAAAAAUUGAUAAAUUCAAAUUAUUAACAACGCCCAUUGAACUAGAGGAAAUUAUAACCACAUGAAAGCUUUUUGUUGGUAAGAAGGCAACAAAUAGGUUAGUAGAUAGAAAAGAUUUUUAUAUGAAAUUUUUUAUGGGUAGUUAUUAUCUCUACAGGGUUGAAUAUUGAAGAUACAAUUGAAUAAUUUCAUUUUAAAGUGUCGUUCCAUAAACAAAAAGUAACAUUUUUCAGGAAUGCUCAUUUUUUUUUCAUAAUUCCCUCAAAAUAUCAAAUAAUUAGUGACUCUUUGAGACGUAUGAAGGUACCGAGGACAAAAACAAGUCUAUUUAUUAUAUUUUUGAAUUGUAAACUAGAUUGUAUAGUUAGGUUUAAGAUUAGAAUAAUUUUGUACUGAUGUUAGCAUUUAAUUUAUUGAUCGUGCAAAUAUUAUUUCAUAAGUUCAUUGUACAUUUUUAGUAGUAGAUUUUUUUAUAACUUCUUCACCUACUCUUAAUAAAGUUUGAUAAAAGUA